AUGUCCGGAAAUACACCCAAAACAAUGUCCAAGGGACUGAUGGGCAUGAAGUUUAUGCAGCGCGCUGCCGCAAAGUCUUCGCCCUCGACACCUAACGGGCCGCCUACCAAGAAAGCGCGCCUUUCGAAUGGCUCUGCUGUAGGAACCUCGGAUCGCGAGAUCAUACAGUCAGGAUUGGACGCAGAAGAAGCGAAACGCCAGGCUGCACUAGACAAGGCCGCUCAACAUGCGGGCGAGACAAAGUGGGUGUUGAGCUUCAAAGACCCUCUCGAAGGAAAGAGGCAAGAUGCAAUGAAUAUCAGGCAAGCGGGGUUUGCUGAGCUUGAUGCGGAGGACGAUGAUGAAGACGAAGAGGAGGACGUCAGACCCACAAGAAUGCAGUUCGGUGGUGGGGUCAAGAAGAAGGCAGAUGAUUCCGUACCCUUUGUCAAGACUGAAAACUCAGAUUCAGAAUCCGAGCCAUCCUCGGAUGAUUAUGAUUCAGACGAUCCUGCGUCAGACCUCAUUCGACAGACGAAGCGCGAGAUGGCGACAGAAAAGCGCGACUCCAAGAAGACGCGCACGAGUACGGGCGAAAACUCAGCCCUGACAACACCGAAGCGACAGAACAACGAUGGAAACCUCCAGGGCUUAACAUCGAUAUCAGGCGGUCGGCGUUCAGGGGGCGGAGGCAGAGGUGGCUUCAGUGGCAUGGCCGAUAUGGAAUGUUAUAAAUGUGGACAGAAGGGACAUAUCGCAGUCAACUGCUCGUCGACACCACGUGGAUCUGUAGGUAGAGGCAGAGGCAAGGGCCGGAGGUAG